UUGCAAAGAAGUACAUGAUAUACCUAUCAUGGCUUUUAUCUGAAGAGACGAUAGACGUAGAAACUGAGCUUAAACUUCGCAUUUUGGAUCAUCUUUUACUUGGGACACCAGCUUCUUCCCUGAGAAAGACCUUAUUAGAAAGUGGCUUAGGAGAUGAUAUUAUUGGUUAUGGAAUUGAAGAUCAGUUUCGUCAACCCAUAUUUGCUGUUGGAAUGAAAGGUCUCUCCAAAGAUGAUGUUCAUAGAGUUGAAGAAUUAAUUGUGAAGACUUUUAAGAAUCUAGCGGAUGAAGGUUUCACGUCAGAUGCUGUGGAGGCUGCCAUGAACACAAUUGAGUUCCUCCUAAGGGAGAAUAAUAUUGGCUCAUUUCCUCGAGGCCUAUACUUGAUGCUUUGCUCCACUAACAAAUGGAUAUACAACUUGGACCCGUUUGAACCUCUACUAUAUGAGGAGCCAUUGUUAAAUUUAAAAUCCCUUCUUUCCAGAGAAGGACCGAAAGCUGUAUUCUCUCCACUCAUAGAGAAAUUCUUCUUAAACAACUCUCACUAUGUCACAGUUGAAAUGGAGCCUGAUUCAGAUAAAGCUUCUUGUGAUGAAGCAGAUCAAAAUGAACUUCUUAAAAAAGUAAAAGCUAGUAUGACUGAGGAAGAAGUCACUAAGCUGGCACAUGCUACGAAGGAGCUUCGUUUAAAACAAGAAACCCCAGAUUCACCUGAAGCUUUACGAUGCGUCCCCAAACUUUCGUUAGAAGAUAUUCCGAGAAAACCUAUACACAUACCUAUGACAAUUGAAGAUGUUAAUGGAGUAAACGUUGUGAAGCACAACCUUUUAACAAAUAACAUUGUCUACUUGGAAGUUGUAUUUGAUAUGAGUCCCUUGAAGCAAGAAUUUCUUCAGCUAGUACCACUGUUCUGUCAAUCUUUGCUGGAAAUGGGCACAAAAGAUAUGGAUUUUGUACAGCUUAACCAUCUGAUUGGAAGAAAGACUGGAGGAAUCUGUAUUUACCCUUUCGUAUCUUCUAAAAGUGGAAAAAAGAUGGAUUUAUGUGCCCAUGUCAUUGUUCGUGGAAAAGCCCUGUCGGAACGGGUAGAGGACCUAUUCAAACUGAUAAACUGCAUUCUUCGAGAAGUUGAAUUCAAGGAAAAGCAACGCUUUAAACAGUUUGUUGCUCAAAGCAGAGCAAAAAUGGAGACAAAAAUAAAAGGCUCUGGUUCUUUCAUUGCAGCUAGAAGAAUAAAUGCUAAGCUAAAUGUUGCUGGAUGGGUUGAUGAACAAAUUAGUGGCAUUAGCUAUAUGGAGUUCUUACAAGAUCUUGAGAAGAAAGUUGAUGAUGAUUGGGGUAAAAUUUCUAUUUCGCUCGAGGAAAUACGUAAGUCCCUUCUCUCAAGGAAAGGUUGCACGAUUAAUAUGACGUCGGACGAGGAAAAUCUUGUGGCCGCUACAAAAUAUCUUUCCAAAUUUGUUGAUUCCCUUCCAACUGCAUUUCCUGGGAACAAUUCCUGGGAAACCAUACUUUCUCCCGGAAAUGAAGCAAUUGUCAUUCCCACACAGGUUAACUAUGUUGGGAAAGCUGCUAACAUAUAUGAGAGUGGAUAUCAGCUCCAUGGAAGUAUUUAUGUAAUUUCUAAUUGUGUCAACAUGACAUGGCUAUGGGAACGCCUUAGAACUAGCGGUGGUGCAUAUGGAGGAGGAUGUAGUUUUGAUGCUUAUUCCGGAGUUUUCUCAUUCUCUUCUUAUCGCGAUCCCAACUUGUUGAAAACCCUAGACAUAUAUGAUGGGACAGCCGGCUUUCUCCAGGAGCUAGAACUAGAUGAUGAUAGUCUCACAAAAGCAAUAAUAGGUACUAUAAGAGACUUAGAAGGUUAUCAACUUCCAGAUGCAAAAGGUUACAGCAGUCUACUUCGAUACCUAAGAGGCAUCACGGAAGAAUAUCGAGAGAAAAGACAUGGAGAAGUCCUAUCAACCACUGUGAAAGAUUUUAAGGAGUUUGGUGAUGCACUUGAGGCAGUAAAGGAUAAGUGGGUCGUGGUUGCCGUUGCAUCGCCUAGUGAUGUUGCUUCAGCAAACGAGCAGCGGCCUGGAUUUUUUGAUGUUAAGAAAGUCCGCGAAGUUUCGUGAGCUGGAGACUGUUGUCGGCCAGUUUUAUCACAUCUCAUGAUCUGGAUCACAAAUCUCAAAACCUAGCAUUAUUGAAAUGAACUUGGUAAUUUCUUUGCAGCAUCUUAAUGGACAUUAAUAAUCAGAACACAUGGUGUACUUUAGACUAGAUCGAGUGAUUUGUACUUGUUUAUUCCCUAUAUCUGCUUAUAUCAUCUGUGGAGAGUAAAUGAAAACAUUAUAAGUAUUGUGAAUGAAGAAAGUUAGUGAUGCUUUUGUAUUAUA